AGAUGUGGUGACUCUGAAGUGGUGGAUGAGAAGGGCUCCAUCUCAUCAGGCUCCCUGUCAGCAGUCAGCGCUCCGGUCUUUCAGGAUGUCCUCAUGCAGUUCUUGGAUACCCAGGCUCCCGUAUUAAGCGACCCCAGCAAUGAGAAUGAGAAGGUGGAAUUCUUCAAUCUAGUCCUGCUGUUCUGUGAGCUGAUCAGACACGACGUCUUCUCUCACAACAUGUACAUGUGCACUUUGAUCUCCCGUGGUGACCUGGCCCUGGAUGUUCAUGGGCCCCGUCCCCCCUCGCCAUUCGAUGACACUGCUGAGGAACAUGACAGGAAGGAGGGAGAGGGCAAUAGCAGCAUCAAACUGGAGGAUAUGGGCCUGUCAGAGUGCCAGAUGGAUAUUGACCAGAGCUCCAGUGUGAUUUUUGAUGACGUGGAGAAGACGGAUUUCUCGAUGUUUUCUCCUCCCAUGCACUGCGAAUCCAAGGCCAGUCCUUCCCCUGAGAAACUGGAUUCUGAGAAGGACAGCAAGCCUCUUUCCUUCUGA